AUGAACGCUGCGUCCCUGGGCGACAAGGCGCUCGCCAGCUCUGAUUUUCCAAAGGCAAUCUUACACUAUACUCAGGCGCUGAUCGAACUUCCCCGCGCUCCCCCCUACUAUAUCAAACGAUCCACCGCAUUCUCACGACUCAAACCCACGGACGGCGGUCCCAACCACCAGGCUGCGUUGCAUGAUGCGGAGAUCGCCCUGUCUCUUGCCCGGGAGCGUGGGAAACGGGAACUCAUUCUGUCCGCCCAGAUGAGACGGGGCGUGACCCUAUACCAGCUGGAGAAAUACGGUGAUGCAGCAUUUGUUUUUGGAAUUAUUCAGGAGAAGGCCGUUGCGGAUGUCGGAUAUGAGGAUAAAUCGGAGAAGGUGAAAAAUGCGAUGGCCGCCACUGGCUCUAGUUCCAAGAAUGGCUACCAGCAAGAGCUCCCCAUCUGGACGCUCAAGGUGAAAGGCAAACUUAACAAGCUGGCAGAAGGGGACGAAAAGGCUGCAGUGACCGUCACCGAAUUCCCCACUGGCAUCCACGCUCCCAGUGAGAAGGAACUCAAAAAGCAGCUGGAGUCUUUCAAAUCGGGGAAGAUUGAAGAUAGUGAUGCUGGAGCGUCGAAUAAGGACGACGAUAACACCAGGCCGCAGAACCCAGCCAACGCAGUAAUUUCUACCGCCGAGAGCUCGGAAAGCCAACAUAACGUUCCCAGUACCCCGGCUGCCCCUUCUGCUGACAAAGUGCGGCAUGAAUGGUAUCAAUCUCACAACUCCGUCGUCGUGACCUUGUAUGUGAAGGGGGUGCCUAAAGACAAAGCGAGUGUCCAAAUCACAAGUGACUCCGCUACGGUUGGAUUCCCUCUCCCGUCGGGCGCCGAGUAUGAUUUCACUCUUGAUCCUCUGUUUGCAUCGGUCGACCCAUCUGCAUCCAAGGUCUCGGUGAUGGCAACAAAGAUCGAGAUGUCGUUGUGGAAAAAGGUUCCGGGACAGAAGUGGAGUUCCUUAGAAGCCGCUUCGACAGACGUUAAGCUGGCAGACCGACAAACCGUCGUCAGCUCUGCCCCAUCAGACAAGCCAGCACCAGUUUACCCUUCGUCAUCACGCCACGGGCCAAAGGACUGGGACAAGCUGGCAUCGAAUCUGACGGCGAAAAAGGCUAAAUCCGGAGAUAAGGGCAAGGCAAAAGCCAGAGGCGAGGAAACGGGUGAUUCCAAGGGUGAAGAUGCUGGAGAGGAAUCGGAUGGUGCAGAGUCGGCUGACUCGGACUACGGAGGUGGUGACCCCGUUGAUGCUUUCUUCAAGAAACUGUACGCUGGCGCAGAUCCGGAUACCCGUCGAGCCAUGGUUAAGAGCUAUGUGGAAAGCCAGGGCACUUCUCUCAGUACGAACUGGAAUGAAGUGAGCCAAGGGAAGGUGGAGGCCCGACCACCUAGUGACUAG